CCUUUGAGAUGCUGCAGAGUGCUAACAAACAAUAUCCAUUGAAAAAGGUUCUUCAAAUGGUUUUGAACAGAAAUGACACUAACUCUUUUGAAGAAUUUAAGAAACUAAAAAAAAAUAAAAUUACAUAUGUGAUUUCCUCUUAAUAAACUUUUCAUAUGCAUUUAGACCAAAAUCUUAGACCAGCUCGUGGCUUAGAGGCACAUAGCCCAUGCUUAGGGAAGCAUAUAUGAUAGAAGAAGGUGUGUCUAGUAUAAACACUACAGUGAAUACUUUCAUUAAUCACUAUCCCAUGAUUAAAACCAAGCACACGGCUGUGUCGAUUAAAAGAAAACUAUUGUAGGAAGGUUGUUCUGCACUUUGCCAAGAGCAGGAUAUCCUGGAAUUUCAGUUGACAUUCAUCCUCACUAACUAAGCAAAUACAGGGGUAUAAAUAACUGUUAGCUUACUUAUUCCUACCACAGAUGAAUAACUGGAAGAGGUGCAUUUUCACAGUCUGCUCAGAGACUUCAGCCUAAGGUUCCAGAAAACAUGCACUCCUUUCAGUUACUGUGUUCUCUCCUCCUCUGCAAUGCCCUGGUGGUAGCUGCCCAGAGAAAACUACAAAAGGUCCCUGAGCAGGAGGAGCAGGAGGAGGAGGAGAACAUCACAUGGAUAAGGAUGCCUCAAACUCUCUCCCGAGGAUGGGGUGAUGAAAUUGAAUGGGUUCAGACAUAUGAAGAAGCUUUAACUAGAUCAAGAAACAGCAAGAAACCUCUGAUGGUCAUCCACCACUUAGAAGAAUGCGCUUAUAGCCAAGCUUUAAAGAAAGCUUUUGUUUCCAGCCCAGAGAUCCAAAAGAUGGCUCAAGAGGAUUUUAUUAUGCUUAAUCUGGUGCAUUCGAGCACAGAUGACAACAUGGCCCCUGAUGGCCACUAUGUCCCUAGGAUCCUCUUUGUUGAUCCCUCUAUGACAGUUCGAGCCGAUCUGACAGGAAAGUAUAAGAACAGAAUGUAUGCAUAUGAACCAGAAGAUAUUUCAAACUUGAUUGAAAACAUGAGACGAGCAAAGACACUUCUCCACACAGAACUAUGAACAAUGGGCCUGACCAGAUCUACACAUGCCAGGGAAGCGGACGGAUUGUACAGCAAAAGCCAGGGCUCGACAACCCUGAUAGUGCAGAAAACAUGAAAAUACAAAUCUGGAAGUUUAGUGGCAUUAGUGCAUUUUCAAAUAUUCUGUACAUAGUGGCUUUUUCAAAAAAGGUUAAUAUAGAGGAAGUGGUGGUACUGAGGGAUUAGACUAGAAUACAUUCAAUCUCUGAAAUAACUCUAUGGCAAAGACAUACUUAUGUGAACCCUGUGUGCUAUAUGGGGAACAUCUGAACAGUACACUUCUUUCUUGUAAGUAACUGUUUAUUUAGGAAGUUAGCAGGUUUACAAAUCACUAUACAAGCAUCAGGAUUCGGUUUUUACUCAUGUUUACAAACCAAUAUCUUUCAAACUUAAUAUUUUAAAAAAGUGUCAAAUGCAAUGUUUUUGGGGGGCCAGUUUACUUUAAUUAUUGAAUAAAUGGUAACCAAAUA